GUUUGAGGAACUUCUUUUCAAGAGUCUUAAAAACAAGUGAAAGUCGUGGUAAUUCCAUUUCCAAUCAUAAUAUUAGUAGACUGGCCCUUCUACCACGUUUUUGUGUUUUUUCACCUGUUUUUUCCGUUUUACGUUCUCGGUUACUACUUACAUCAAUGAAUUACUAAUACUACUUCCACUACUACUCUGUGACGGCUCAGGUAAGAAUAUUAAACUUCAUACAUCCGAAUGCGAAUGCGAAACUACAGGUAAAUAAUACUAGUGGUCUCUCCUCUCAUUGCCUCAAUUUCACAUCGCUCUGGUGCCUAUAACCAUUCUGGCACUCAUCUCACGCUUAAUAACUCGUUAUAAUUAGACUCAGUCACGACACUAACCUUACAUUCAUUACUUUCAAAAGGUCUCCAACCAUGGGCAUCAUCUGCUGCGUUGUGAUUGUAGGCCUCACGGUGCUGGGCCUUGGUGCGAUUGCUGGCAUCACAGUGGGAAUUGUGAUGGCAUGUCGUACCACGACUGCCUCUUCCUCCUCGUCCGCUCUACAACACGUAAGAAGAGGUGAACGCACGACCGCCGCUUCCAGUGCGGAUGAUGUUGAUCAUGUUGGACGUAAUAAUAUUCCGAUGCUCUUUCGUGGUGCCGGCGCCACAAGACCGUCGAGUACAAUCAUGCCGACUAUAAUUAUGAGCGGCACGACCUCUAUGGGGCAAGUGUUGCCGAUGAUGCAGGAACAAGGCGCUGUUGACGGAGCUGACUUACGCAGUCAACUGAUGACAAUUUUUGAAGAAGUGGAGAAUCAGCCUCUCAACCUUCGCAUUGCUUCACUCCUGUCUGACACUUCUGCUGGAGGACGCCGAACAAGGUACCCGGUUCCGGACACGAUGGUAAAAUCAUGGGUGAAGAGAGUAUGUUGACAGGAAAAAGUGUACUCAUUAUACUCAAGACGAAAAGAGGCCGCUGCAGUUUCCUACUUAGGAAGUACCUAUUUUCUUGAGGAUCGAUGAGUAGUACACUUGUUUUUCCUUUCAUAGAAAGUGUCUACGGUUUCUCUUGACGUUCUUAACCAAGCAGUGCGAGAAGAUGGUGGGAACCUCGAUUUUGUCGCAAUCAUCCGUAAAAAUUGCGUCGUGAUGCGUGAUCUGCUUAUUGAUGUUGAAAACCUUCUAAAGCAGGGCUACUCCGACGUAGCACUACAGAAGGCGGGACAAGACUUUCUCACUCAAUUUUUCCAAGAAUUGCAAAGAGAAGGCUACUCUCUCUCUCGCGUGGGCAACAUUCCCGCUGUUCUUCAUAGGGGUCGGCCCAUCCGUUUCCGAGUUGGAGGAUUGACAGCGGAGUCUGUGAAACAACUUCGAACGGACAUUCGCGCGGCGCUUCAAUGAGCGGAACUAUUUCCUAGUCUACCAUGGAUAUUUUCCGACCAUAUGGAUAUGACGUAGUCCUAAAAAAAGCAAAUUUCGAGGUAUGUAUUGAUGUACAACUACUUCUAGGAGAACACUACUACAAUUAUAAGGGUACUAGGUUUUUGGCGUUUCUGUUACCGUUUGUUUUGACUCGUCUAAGGGAAAAGAGCAUAACAAACGGGUGACGGUGACAAAAACACUAUCAAGGCCCUACCUUGAAUACAACAGGAUAACAAUACAGGAGAACAUCACGACUGACUACAGAGGAGAAAUGACUCCGAAGAGAGAGUACUAACCCUGGUUAGAGGUGGUAUUUGUUGAACAGGCGGACCGAGAAGCUUUUGAAGUUGUUGUUGAUCUUGUAGUGCAACGCACUAAUUAAGUUAUAUGUCGCUCAGCGUCAAAAGAUACCUCCAGAACAGGCAAAUGAAUGAAUGAAUGAAUAACGGGGGUAGUUGCACCACAGAAGUCUUUGGCUACUAUCAGAAGUGACAAGGCUACUGAGCACAAGCCUGUUGUUUGCGGCACAGAUCUGAUUUAGGAACAAGGGGAACAAUUGAUCAUAUUAAGACUAUUAAAAGAUUAAUGUAAGUAGUAGGCCUUUGCCUUUCAUCUCCACCUAAAUUGAUUUUUCAUAGUUUUCUUUUUCGUGGUUUUUAAUGUCCUCUACCUAGCUCGAAGUAAUUUUUAAAUGUUCUUUCUCUUUGCACGCGUCUAGA